CCCGGUCGGUGAUGGAGAGCAGAGAGGAGGUGCUGGUGAGGCUGGUGGAUGGAGGAGAACCGCAUGGGAAGCCGGGCCACAGGGGCUGCCUGAGCCCCGGCGCUGCUUCCACCUACUCCCGGGAGAGAACCGAGCUGCUGCUGGUGGAGGAAGAAGAGGAGGAGGAGGAGGAGGAGGGGAGCGCACGGAGGAACACGUCUUCAUCCGGCGAGAAGCACCGAACCGACCAGCCGCACAAGAACGGCAGCAGCUCCGACACAGAAUCCGACUUCUACGAGGAGAUUGAUGUGAGCUGCACGCCCGAGAGCAUGGACUACCCGACGGCCAAAGGCCGAAACGAGGAUUCUCCGCGCCACCCGGGUGACACCGGAGCCGACCCGGGUAAAACAGUCCCGGGUCAGAGCCCUCACCUGUCCUACGGCGCAGACCAGAUCCGCCGGUACCGAACAGCGUUCACCCGGGAGCAGAUCGCCCGGUUGGAGAAGGAGUUCUACCGGGAGAACUACGUGUCCAGGCCGCGGAGAUGUGAACUGGCGUCUGCCUUGAAUCUACCUGAAACCACCAUCAAAGUGUGGUUCCAGAACCGCAGGAUGAAAGACAAACGCCAGCGCCUGGCCAUGACGUGGCCCCACCCCGCCGACCCGGCCUUCUACACCUACAUGAUGAGCCACGCCGCCGCCACUGGGAACCUGCCUUACCCCUUCCCGUCCCACCUCCCCUUGCCCUACUACUCCCCCCUGGGUGUCGGGGCGGCCUCGGCCCCCACAGCCGCCCCUUUCUCGAACCCUCUGCGCUCUCUGGACAGCUUCCGGGUCCUGUCCCAUCCCUACCAGAGGCCAGAACUCCUGUGCGCCUUCAGGCACCCGUCGGUCUACUCAACUCACGGCCUCGGCCCAGGAGGGAGUCCCUGCUCCUGCUUGGCCUGCCACUCCUCUCAGUCCAACGGCCUCCCCACCAGACCCACCGGGUCGGACUUCUCUUGCUCCCCAACAAGCAGGACGGACGCUUUUGUCACUUUUACGCCUUCAGUGCUCAGCAAAUCAUCUGUGACUCUAGAUCAGAGAGAAGAAGUGGCUCUCACCAGAUAAAACCAAAACAAACCUUCUCCUCCUCCUGCACCUCCUUCUGUCACAUCAGCCUUUACACCACGGGACAAAGGUAGAGAACACACAUGAAGAAAAACAGCAAAGACGCACAACAUAUUGUCAUGGCAGAGCCAGAGCAGCAGGCUGCAUG